AUGUCGAGCCUCGACGAUCUCCAAGGUGGCCAGAGCAACCGUGGCGAGGCCAUUGGUAGUACCUCGGGCAGCACCAUUUCUGGUCUCGUCAGCACUCUAGUCGUCUGCGCUCCCAUUGCCGGCGUUUACCUCGUCAUCUUCUUGAUCCUUCGUCGCAGCCAAAGGCGGUUUUAUGCGCCGAGAACUUAUCUCGGCAGCUUGCGAGAGAGUGAGCGAUCACCAAGCCUCCCUACUGGCUUGUUCAAUUGGAUUAGUCACUUCUGGAAGAUCCCUGAUGUUUACGCUCUCAAGCACCAAUCUCUCGAUUCUUAUCUCUUCCUUCGAUUCCUCCGCAUCUGCGCUACCAUCUGCUUGGUUGGCCUUCUCAUGACAUGGCCGGUUCUCUUCCCCGUGAAUGCUACCGGGGGAGGCUCUGCAUCGCAACUCGAUAUUUUGUCGUACAGCAACGUCAACGUCUCAUCAUCCUCUGGCCUCAACCGCUUGUACGCACAUGCCCUCAUUGGCUGGUUAUUCUACGGCUUCGUCAUGUACCUGAUCAUGCGCGAGUGCAUUUUCUACAUCAACUUGCGCCAGGCAUUCCUGCUCUCGCCCACCUAUGCUAAGCGCAUUUCGUCUCGCACCGUCCUUUUCGUGUCAGUGCCCGAUGCGUACCUGGACGAGGCCAAGUUCAAGAAGCUUUUCAGCGAUUCAAUCAAGAGAGUUUGGAUCACUGGCGACACCGAGAAGUUGGACGAGCUCGUCGAGGAGCGUGACAAGGUCGCCAUGAAGCUCGAGAAGGCCCAGGUGAAGCUCAUCAAGUUGGCAAAUGCCGCUCGCCUCAAGGCUGCCGAGAAGGGCGGCGCUCCCGAGAAGACUCCCUCGGCCCAAGACACUGAGGCUGGCGCUACCGAUGCUGCUGCUCGUUGGAUCCCCCAGAAGAAGCGCCCUACUCACCGUCUCGGUCUUUUGGGCCUUGUUGGGAAGAAGGUUGAUACCAUCGAAUGGUGCCGUUCCGAGCUUCAGCGUCUUAUUCCCGCCGUUGAUGCCGCCCAAGCCGAUUACCGCGCUGGAAAGGCGAAGAAGAUCCCGGCAGUCUUCGCAGAGUUUUACACCCAAUCCGACGCCCAGGCCGCCUACCAGGUUACCACUCACCACCAAGCCCUUCAGAUGACGCCCAAGUACAUCGGCAUCCAGCCCACCGAGGUUAUCUGGAAGUCCCUCAGAGUGUCAUGGUGGCAGCGUGUCGUCCGUCGCUACGCCGUCAUUACCUUCAUCGCCGUCCUCAUCAUCUUCUGGGCAAUUCCUGUUACAGUGGUCGGAAUCAUCUCCCAAGUUUCGUAUCUCGAGACGAUCUCCUUCCUCACGUGGCUCGCCAAGAUUCCCAACGUCAUCAUGGGUGUCGUCUCUGGCCUUCUCCCGAGUGUGGCUCUGUCGGUGCUCAUGUCGUUGGUGCCGGUCAUCAUGCGUCUCUGCGCUAAGCUGUCUGGCGAGCCAUCUGACUCCCGCGUCGAGCUCUUCACCCAGAACGCGUACUACUGGUUCCAGCUCAUUCAGGUCUUUCUUAUUACGACUGUCUCCUCAUCCGCUGUGGCCACCAUCAAGGCGGUCUCCGAUAACCCGGGCUCUAUUUUCAGCACCCUGUCGACGGCAAUUCCCAAGUCAUCCAGCUUCUACGUCAGUUACUUCAUUGUUCAGGGUAUCACACUCGCAACCGGUGUUCUCACUCAAGUGGUCGCGUUCGCCAUCUUCGUGGCCAUCCUGAGAUUCCUCACCAACACGCCCAGAGCUUUGUACAACAAGUGGUCUACACUUGCCGCCAUCUCUUGGGGAAGUGUGCUCCCAGUUUACACAACCAUUGCCGUCAUCAGCAUUACUUACGCUGUCAUUGCUCCCCUGAUGUUGUUCUUCUCCACCCUUGGCAUCGGAUUGUUCUACCUCUCUUACCGUUACAACAUUUUGUUCGUUACGGAUACCAAGAUUGACACCAAGGGUCUCCUUUACCCUCGCGCCCUCAAGCAGCUCUUUGCCGGUGUCUACUUGGCAGAGAUCUGCCUCGUGGGUCUGUUUUCCGUGUCGAAAGCGUUUGGACCCCUUGUCCUCAUGAUCAUCUUCCUCAUCUUCUCGAUCCUCUUCCACAUCACCUUGAACAGUGUCUUGGACCCUCUCCUGUACACUCUUCCCAGAUCCCUCCAGGUUGAGGAAGAGUCAUUGAGUGCCGACAUCGAGGGAAUUGACCGUAAGGAUUCUGGUAGAGGCGUUUCGGAGGAACAACCGAAUGGCGAUUCGAGCAACUUCAUGAAGAAGAUCCAGAUCCCCAACAUCAAGACGCUUGCCCCCGGAGGUGACGAGAACGUCGUUGAGAAAGGUGGUAAUAUCGUUACCCGAUUCCUCAAGCCCUGGAUCUUUGCCGACUACCUUCACCUUCGCAACCUCGUCCCACACGACCCAACACAGAUUGACGAGAUGUACCCCGGCGACAUCCAGGACAACGCCUAUCAUCCUCCCUCGGUCUCCAGUCCGCCUCCUCUUCUUUGGAUUCCUGAGGAUGCUGCCGGCGUUUCCAAGUACGAGAUCGCACAGACCAGCAAGAUUAUUCCUAUCACCGAUGAGGGUUGUUCGUUGGAUGAGAAGAACAAGCUUGUUUGGGAUUCCGAGGGUGCAAGACCCCCCAUUUGGGACGAGAAGAUUUACUACUAA